UACACAUGUAGUCUAUGUGACGACUGGGGAGAGCUUCAGGUGAGGGGGGGUUCGGGCUUGUGAGGCUAAUUUAGAGAACUGAAAUUGGAUCUUUGGGGUUUUAUGCCUUUCCUUGUCUAUUUGCCUGUAGCACCCGUGAAAAACUUUAGUUAACUAACCAUGGAUUUUUGACUGGAAAAGAGUUACGGCAGGAGGGAUUAUUAUGAUGAUCUGGACAAAGUUUGCAUCAUUAUGGUCAAUAUUGGUCGCGGCCGAAGUACAGUGUAACAUACAAUGUAACGUUACUUGGAGAGAACCCCUCCAUGACCUCCAUGAUGCCCUGGUGGUGAUUCCAGGUAGUGCGGUUAUCAUCAGUUGCUGUGGUGAUGUCUCUGUUAAUGGUGUGCCGAUGGUCAGGGGCACCUGCCCUGGAGUACAAGGAUCCGACUACGGACAGAUCACUACCAAAAACAUAAUGUUGUCGUCCAAUCACGGAUCAGACACUGUAGACUCACUGGAGACUAACCAAUUAGAAGGAGACGCCUUCACAUUAUACAACACGAAUGCUGGGACCGAUUAUGAGGCUGGAUCCAACUCUUCGGAAAUGGAUAAUGGGAGUCAGUGGAUGCUGAAUGGCCGACCAGUGCAAGGUGUCGGAAUGCCCUGGAGUUUGACGCUGCCAAGUUUUGGAUUGGCUGAUGCAGGGAACUACAGCUGCCACAGAGCUGGACGAUGGAUGAGCACACUCAGAAUGGACGUAGCAAAUUCUCUUGAGAGGCCCACUCUUAAAUGUCGGAGGAAAGAUCUGUAUAAGAGGAAGAUACGUUGUGACUGGAUGGCAAGUGGACCAGUCACCCAUGCACCAAGGUGCCACCUCAUCUUAAAGAGAAAGAGUUCCCCAGAACAAAGAGUGUCUUGCUGUCGGUAUUCCUCAAAGCGUUCUCGGUGCAGAUGCCUGGUUGGACCUGAGGCCCUUGAUACAGAUAGCAGUUUGUACAAUGCUAGGCUGUUUGUGACAAGCCCCUCUGGCAGUGGCACCAGUCCGUGGAUCAGCUUCACACCACAAAGUAUCUUGAAGCCGGAACCUCCUGGCAGAGUCAGUGUGAGGUCAGUGGUCGGUGUGGAGCGGAAACUGGAUGUGUUCUGGUCUUACCCCACGUCUUGGAAGAAAUGGAAUGACCACUAUCGUUUGAAGUUUGAGCUGAGAUACCACCCUGUGCUUGGGAAAAUGAAUCAGACUGUAGCGAUUCCGAGAACGUCACCACUGCUUUCCUGGACAAUUUUGGAUGUGUUACCCGGUGUGCAGUACGCUGUGCAGAUGAGAAACAUGGAGGAGCAUGGGCAAGGCCACUGGAGUGACUGGUCCUCACCCGUCUACACACACACAUGGACAGCCCCUAAGCCAACUGACGCCCCAGAGAGCAGUAAUAUCAGUGAGGAACCACUGAUUCUAAUUGUCAUCCCUGACACACCCCCUGAAUCAGAUGCAGUGGACAGACCUCCCAUAGAUGAUGGCUUCAUGUUGGCUCACAUGGUUUCAAUAAUGGGCUGCUGUGUGUUGAUGGUCAUCUUUAUCUUGGUGUUUGUACAAGUGAUCAGACACAAAAUACACUUUAAAUCGGGACUGGCAAAGUUGCGUGUCACUCCCCCACCUCCCAGCCCUCCUCUCCAGUUGCCUCCAUGUAAGACAAAAGUCCAGGACUGUCCUCCAAGCAGCAGUCCCUCUCAGAAGGACCAACAUGACCCCUCGCCAGCACAGGACCUCACCAAGCUGGACGUCCACUUCCAGAACAUGAGCUACUUCCUCGUGAAGAUGGAGCCCAAGUGUUAAGUGGCUGACAAACUUAAGAUUCCAGGAAGAUAUGCUAUUCUGUUGUAGUGCCCGGGAAGAAAAAACAGCUGUGAAAAAAAAUAAAUGUAAAUGAAUGAAUCUCUGACACUGAGCGCUGGAUUCGUCAGGGGAAAUCCUGACAUGCAGCUUGCAGACAAACAGGAAUGUGGAUGUGAGAAUGCUGGGAAGUCGGAUGGGAAAGGAACCUCAGAGCAGCCUGCCAGGUCCACAGAGUCACAGGAAGCAGCUUCCCUGAGGAUUUCACUGGAGCAUGUUUAACUGUUUCAAAACAUGUGGCCGUCCUCAAGUUUGGGCUUGUCCUGCUGUGUGUGUGUGUGUGUGUGUGAGAGAGAGAGAUAUGAAGAAUAUCCCAUCUUGCUGUUUGUAAAUAUGUAUGUUAAAAGGAAGGGUUAUGUAUAUUUUGUUCUAUUAGAAAACAAAGAUAUAUCUCAUGUUUAUAAAUAAUGUGCAUCAUAAUAAAAAAAGUGCCAAAUAA